CUUCCCUCCUUAACAGCGGUCUAAGGAGGGGUUGAACGGGGAAGGGGUGGAGACCACCCCCGCUCUUCAGGUGCUCCUCAGGGCGUCUCUAGGCGGGUGCGGGGGUGGGAGGAGCGCGUGACGUUCUCCCUCCCUCUUUUUUUCCUCCUUUCCCUUCCUCUUCAUUCCAUUCAAGUAAUAGAGCUUAUCCGUUGUAGACUCCAACUUCGGUCCCUGGACGGGUGAGGAGUCUGACGCUUCUCUUUUAUUUCUCCUUGGCCUCUUCUCCCGCGUCGGGGCCCCAGGUGAGCACGCGCACCACAGUCUUGGCGUCUCCCCGCCCCGCCCCUCACCCCCAGAUAACUGCAGGUGUGUGAGGGGUGCGCGCGAGCGCGGGCUGGAUAGAGCCAGUGGAGUGCUAGACUAAGCGCUCUUAGGUGCCCCCUCCCCCUCCCUGAAUCGCCUGAGCCAUCUCCGCGCCCCUAUUCGGGCGCUGCAGCGGCCGCCGCCUCGGCCCCUGGAAAUCAGAAGAAGAGAAGCCGCCGUCGCUACUACCUCAGGUGGUUUGUGAGCGGCGCAGGCCGGAGGCGCUCCCUCUUUUCGUCCCCUCGAUCCUGGAGAGAAAGACGCCUGGGGUAGACGGACAGCAGGCCGGACAGACAGUCCGCCCCCCCGCGCUCACCAUGAACCGGACUCACCGGCACGGCGCGGGCAGCGGCUGCCUGGGCACCAUGGAAGUGAAGAGCAAGUUUGGAGCAGAAUUUCGUCGAUUUUCUCUGGAACGAUCUAAACCUGGAAAAUUUGAAGAGUUUUAUGGAUUAUUACAGCAUGUUCAUAAGAUACCCAAUGUUGAAGUUUUAGUAGGCUAUGCGGACAUUCAUGGAGACUUACUGCCUAUAAAUAAUGAUGAUAACUAUCAUAAAGCUGUUUCAACAGCCAAUCCGCUACUUAGGAUUUUUAUACAAAAAAAAGAAGAAGCAGAUUACAGUGCCUUUGGUACAGAUACGCUGAUAAAGAAGAAGAAUGUCUUGACAAAUGUAUUACGUCCUGAUUACCAUAAAAAGAAACCAAACAUAGUUAUUAGUAUGCCUCAAGAUUUUAGACCAGUAUCUUCUAUUAUUGAUGUGGAUAUUCUCCCAGAAACCCAUCGAAGAGUUCGUCUUUACAAAUAUGGAACGGAGAAACCACUAGGAUUCUAUAUAAGAGAUGGUUCUAGUGUAAGAGUCACACCACAUGGCCUAGAAAAAGUUCCAGGGAUUUUCAUAUCCAGGCUUGUUCCAGGUGGUCUGGCUCAAAGUACUGGCUUACUUGCAGUUAAUGAUGAGGUUUUAGAAGUUAAUGGAAUAGAAGUUUCAGGAAAAAGUCUUGAUCAAGUUACAGACAUGAUGAUUGCAAACAGCCGUAACCUGAUUAUAACUGUAAGACCUGCAAAUCAGAGAAAUAAUGUUGUCAGGAAUAGUCGGACUUCUGGCAGCUCAGGUCAAUCUACUGAUAACAGUCUUGUCAGCUACUCACCACAUAUUGAGAUGAAUUUUGAUCCGAAAGAUGAAGAGAGUGAUGAAGAAGAUAUAAUUAUUGAAGAUAAUGGAAUGCCCCAGCAAAUACCUAAAGCAGUUCCUAUGGCUGAGAGCUUAGAAUCACUAACACAAAUUGAACUGAGUUUUGAGUCAACACAGAAUGGUUUUAUUCCUAAUGAUGUGAGUUUACAGCAAACUAGUGGCAUAGGGAUGGAACAUGAAGCACAUACUUCUGAUCAAAAACCAUUAGAAGAAGAUGGAACAAUUAUAACAUUAUGAUAUUUGUUGUCUGAAUGGCUUCCUAAAAUGAAGGUGCCAUAGAACUUUACAUUUAGCUAUUCAAAAGUAUAUGUACUUCUAUACCAGUGACAUAAAGUGUACAUGCAAACAAUGAAGCUUUAAAAUGUUAGUUUGCUCUUCUGACUAAUGUAAAAUAACCAUUGUGAAUUUGAGAGUAGAAUUUAAGGAGCAUUUGAGAGUGAAAUUGUAUACUUUUGAUAUUCUGUCUUUAAGGAAUGUUAGUAAAGGGGUACAUUUUCUGUACUGCAAAAUGAAUUAGAUCAUUUCCAGUUGAAGUGGUUGCAUAUUUAACCUGCCAUGCAGAGCCCAGUAAAAUUAUUCUGUAUUAAUGCUGUUAGCUGCAGUCUUUUGAUUCUAAUGUGAAAGUUUGAUUCUGCCUCCUCAUGGUAUGUUUAGGACCAGUUCUCUUCUCUCGGUUUACAGUAUUUUAUGGCUUUGAUUUCUUGCAUUAGGCUUAUUUUGCUAAUUAUGACAAAAUGUUCUGUGUUAACUUUCAAAGAAAUCAAAAUAAUCAAGAGCUUUCAAAAAUUGCAAACCUACUUUAUGAAAUAUAGAAAUGAUUCCUGAAUGUGGUGAAGUUGUAACUCACACCCUACUUUGUAAUAUUACUGACAAACUCAUUCCAUGUGGUGUCUUAGAGGGAAUCUCUAAGAUUUUAAGAUUAUUUCUGUUGGUAUUGAUAUAUAUUUGUGCCUUUUAAUGUGAAUUUUUAUGAGUGUAAUAUGCACGUGGAUUAAGAAAAGAGAACUACAUACAUAUAGGACAAACUUGUGCACUUUUUUAUAAAAAGAAUUUUUGGUUUUCUUUUAAUGGUAUUGAUUUCUGGAUUAUGGAACGCUGCCUACAUUUUAGGACAAACUAUGUGUGGCAAACAGUGUAUUUGCAUUAAUUUUAUGAGAGGAUAUUUAUUGCUUUAACACAAGCAUUCCAAAUAGAACUAGUAAUGCUGCUAACUUUCAUUCUUUGCUUAAUUUUUUUUUAUAUUUAUAAUUGUCAUGUGCAUGAACACUGUAUAUAGAACUUAAAAGCUAUUAUAAAAAAGUGCAUGUUUCUUUUUACUUAUGACCUAUGGGCAUAUUCCCCUAACUAAUUAUUUAUUAAUUAACUUUAUGACACAAUUAGUGUGAAUGCCUUUAUAAUAUAUGCUGUUUAAAAUGAAGGAUUAAAUGACUCCAUUUUGAAGGAUUUAUAUAUAGUAAAAUUAUGUGAAGAAUGAAAGUAUUGCUAAAAUACUGAAAACACAAGAUACAUAAAUGUAUUUUGUUUAUAGUACCACUAAACUAAUACCGACUGCACAGCAUUAUGUAAUACUAGGUUUUAUACUCUAGUUCUUUUUAAAUUCACUGGAGUUCUUCCAUUUAUAUUCCACUGUUAUUUUUCAAGCAACAUUGGAAUGGAAUCAUAAUAAAAAAUUAGCACAUAGAUUGUUCGAUCAUUUUAUAUGUUAAUGGUGCAGGGUUUCAAGUUAAGCUUUUAAAAUAUAAACACUAGCCUUUCACAUACUACCUCUUAAUUUUUUAUUUUUACAAAGUUAACAUCUUCAAGCUUUUUUCUUAGAAAAAUUCAGGACUUUAUACAAUUUUUAAAGAAUCCAAAUUUAAUUGUAAUCAAAAAACAAUUCCAAAUUUCCAGAAAUGGAAAGUUAAAGCUGCUAGCACAACAUUUUUUUUAAUACUAAUUUUCUUGUUCAAGUAUAUAGGUAAACUUGAUUUUUCAACCAGAUUUCUGUAAAUUAAAGAUACAGCAAUUGGAAAAUGAUUUAUUUUUAAGGAUAUCUUAAAAAUUAUUUCUUACUACACAAUUCGUUGGUAGUCUGAACAGAGAUUACUUCAAGUGCAUCUUAUUAAUACAUAGCACACUGGAUUUAGAAUGAAAUAUGUUUUCUGAAGUUAUUUUUCUCCUAUGAUAAUAAAAAAGAUAAACUGAACUGUGAAAUUUAUGUUCUGGAUCUUAAGAGUUAGGACAAAUGUUCUCAUGAGCUGUCAACAAAAAUAAUGUACUUUUGUGAAUAUUAUGAAUUUUUCUAAUUAAAUUUUACAUGCUAUGUGAUUUUUACAUGAAUGAGACUUGUAUAAACUAUUAAAUAUCAGUAUUUUUACUACAACUUUAAUAUAAAAUGUACAUUGAUAUUUCACUAAAUGAACUUUGAUUUUUGAAAAAUCAAAUUAGUUUUAGUGGUAUUUUUUAUAAACAACAAUAAAAAGGCAUAUUAAGAAUAUUUGUUUAUAUAAAUUUGUCACUGAAUCAAAAUGGUUAGUGUAAAGUUUUUAUGUAAAGUUUCCGUCUUAAUUAUUAUUUUUUUCUUGUAUAAUCUUUUUUUCUGAAUAAUAUUCCUCCCCAUACCUUAAGUCAAUGAGCCUUCCUUUAUAACAAAAACUUUUUCUAAAAAGAAGCUGUUUAGCAAAACCAACAUGAACACUUUCUGAUAAUAUUCUGUAAGAAAUAUUUCAUACCCAUGGUAUAUCCCUUGUCUGCAAAGAAGGGAAGUAUAUUUUCUCCAUAGCCAAGCUUAGUCAGUGUUCACUUUUAUUGUCUUUUGUUAGGUAUUUCUUACCCCCUCACCCUCAGGUUUGUGGGGUUAAAUGACUUAACCAUAGUUACAAAGCUAGUAAAUGACUAAGGCUAGAUUUGAACUCUGGUUCUCUGAGUUCAGGACCAUUACUUAAUUCACUAUUCCACCUAGCUGCCCUGUAUGUGCAUUUUCCCUUGUUAUCUGCUUUGUUUUAUGCUUCUCUGAAUUCUUCCUAUUAUGAUACCUUGAGAUUCCAUUAUAGUCAUGUAUAAUAGGGUUUUUUUUUCCCUUAAGUUAUUCUCCAGUGUCCAUUGAUGGAUAUCUUUUUUUGUUUCCAGUUAUUUGCUACCACAAAAAAAGGCAGCUAUGAAUAUUAAGCUUUACAUUGGGAACUUUCUCCUUUGGAGCUUCAGGUAAAUGUUUAUAGAAUCCUUAGAUCAAAGGGAAUGGAUGAAUAUUUAAUGAGCUACUUUGACAUAAUUCCUAUAUAUAUAUGUUAGUUUUCUGCCAUAAUUUUAUUUUUUUUUAUUAAAGCUUUUUAUUUUACAAAACAUGCAUGGAUAAUUUUUCAACAUUGAUCGUUGCAAAACCUUUUGUUACAAAUUUUCUCCUCCUCCCCUAGCUGGCAGGUAGUCCAAUACAUGUUAAAUACGUUAAAUCCAAUAUAUGUAUACAUAUUUGUACAGUUAUCUUGCUAUGCAAGAAAAAUCAGAUACAGAAGGAAGGAAAAGAAAAACUAAAAAUAAUGCAAGAAGACAACAGAGAGAAUGAGAAUGCUAUAUUGUGGUCCAUACUAAGUUCCCACUAUUCUCUCUCUGGGUAUAUGUAGAUGGUUCUCUUCUUCACUGAACAAGUAGAACUAUUCCAAUACUUUAUAGAAUAGUUAAACCCAUCCACAGUUUCUAAGUAUGGAGAAUGAUUUUUUACUGAAUACAUCUGUUCUUAAAAUUUAAUAGUGUUAGAACAUAUCAGCUGGUAUUCCCACAUCUAUUUCAGAUGAGUUUACUAUAAAGAAAAAUAUGUACAGAUAUUUCUGCCAUAAAAUUUGUCAUAUCUCUAGAAAAAUGGGGAGAAGCUUUCAAGAUUAUGAAUAAUGAUGGCAAUAAUAGCGUGCCUCAUCUCUGCUGUCAGACUAUAGGAAUACUUUUUUUCCCAGCUCUGUCUGACCUUCCCAAAGUGAACAGUCUUGAGACUAUUAUAGAAUUACUUCAUUGAUAAUUUUUUCUUUUCUUUUUUUUAAUUACAGCUUUUUAUUUAUAAGAUGUAUGCAUGGGUAUUUUUUCAGCAUUGACAAUUGCAAAACCUUUUGUUCCAACUUUUCCUCUCCUUCCCCCAGAUGGCAGGUUGACCAAUAUAUAUUAAAUAUGUUGAAGUAUAAGUUAAAUACAAUAUAUGUAUACAUGUCCAAAUAGUUAUUUUGCUGUAAAAAAAGAAUCGGACUUUGAAAUAGUGUACAAUUAGCCUAUGAAGGAAAUCAAAAAUGGAGGGAUUGGGAAUUCUUUGUAGUGAUUCAUAAUCAUCUCCCAGAGUUCUUUCGCUGGGUGUAGCUGGUUCAGUUCAUUACUGCUUUCUUGGAACUGAUUUGGUUCAUCUCAAUGUUGAAGAGGGCUAGGACCAUCAGAAUUAAUCAUCAUAUAGUAUUGUUGAAGUAUAUAAUGAUCUCCUGGUCCUGCUCAUUUUCACUCAGCAGAUAAUUUUUUAAAAAGUAAUUUCAUAUGUUGAGUGUUAGUGCCUUUUCAGGGCUUCAGUUUGUACAUUUCAUUCCUUUUUAGAAGAAUUUUGAUUUUUUUACCUUUAAUAUGACCAACUCUUCAGGGAAUUCAGACAUUAAAAUUGUUGCAACCAAA